AAAGUCCCAUCCAAGGGAUUGGUCUAAUAAUAGUAAGGCGAGUGAUAUUGGCAGCGGCAGCCGCAGGGGACUGCCUUCCUUCAUUUCCAAAUCUCUGCAAAUUUCACUUCUCAAAUUUCCCCUCCAAUGUCGGCCGCCUUCUCUUCCUGCUUCCGCCCAUCCUCCGGCCACCACCGCCAUCGUCGCCGUUGCCGCUCUUCCUCCUCAAUUUCCGGCUGCCCUAAUCUCACCACCUGCAUUUACCACACCAAUUUCGCUCUCUUUUCCCUCUCUUGGUCUCAAUCCCUCUUCUCUCACUCCCUUCUCCUUCACUUCCAUCAAAACCCUAAUCCAUUUGAUUCACCUCUAAAUCUUUCUUCUUCUUCUUCUUCUUCUUCUUCUUCAAUCUCUUUUCGCCUCCUUAUCAGACCUCUAAUUCCACGGAACAAGCACGGCUCUGAGAAGCUUUCUGACAGCAUCCAUGUCUUCUGGGACCUUCGCCGAGCCCGUUUCUCAUCCUCGCCCGAACCCGAUUCUGGAUUCUUCAUCGCCGUCGUCGUUGACGGUGAAAUGACGCUUCUCGUCGGCGAUAUGAUCAACGAAGCCUCCACGAAGAUCAGAGCGGCUAAACCGCCCCGAAUUCCCCAAACCCUAAUUCUCAAAAGGGAACAUGUAAUCGCCCACAAAAUCUACACCACGAAGGCAAAAUUCGCCGGUCAAAUCCGAGAAAUCGAAAUCGAUUGCGGCUUCUCCAACUACAACGACGACGAAUUGGGACUCUCGUUCAGUGUUGAUGGAAAAAAGGUUCUAGAAAUCAAGCGGCUGAAAUGGAAGUUUAGGGGAAAUGAAAGAAUCGAAGUCGCCGGAGUUCCAAUGGAUGUGUAUUGGGAUGUCUAUAAUUGGGUUUUCGAAUUGGAGAAAGAAAACAGAGGAAAUGCAGUGUUUAUGUUCAGAUUCGAAGAGGAAGACAAAGAACAGAGCAAUCCAGUGGGGCGACAGCAGAAUUGGAAUCUAGGAUUGAACGAAUUGGAGUGGAGAAGGAUGAGAAGUAGCUUAUCCUCAUCAUCGGUUUCAGUCUCGAUGUCGACGUCGUCCGUCGGAUCGUCCGCCGGAGCUAGUUCCUCAGUUAUGGAGUGGGCUAACAGUGAAGAUAGCGAUCAAAUUGGAGCACCAUUGGGAUUUUCUCUACUAAUAUACGCUUGGAGAAGGUGAAAUUAACAGAUCAUAGGUACAAAUUACAAGAAAUCUUUAAUUAUCAUUACAGUUGAUUCAUUGUUUUCCCAAAAUUCUUCUGUUUAAUCUGUUACAUAAAGAGUAUGAAUGAAAGUUUUAGUGGUGAUUCCGUUUGGAAGUUUAGCUUUGGAUUCUGUUUGAGGGAAUUUGGAAGUUUAGAGAGAGGACAAAAAAGGCAAUGAGUCUGUGUCGUCUUCCUGUUUGAAUGGGGACAAGUAAAAUGUAUAAUGAAACUGAAUCUGAAAGUGGGAGAUGAAGAUGAUGGAUUCCAUUCAAGUUAGUUCCGUUGGGAACAGUGAAGAUGAAGAUGAAGAUGGGGAAACUGAGGAAAGUUUGAUGAAAUAAAACCACAGAAAAAGUCGGGAGAAACAAAUUGUUUUAGGUGUAAAUUAUAACGUUACAAAUUAUAUAUUCAUAUUUUUAAAAAUAUAAAA